CCCGCGCUGACGUCGGCUGCUCGCAUCGUCUCGCGCCGCAGCCAUGGAGGACGUCAGAGUGUUUCCACUUUCGUGUGUGGUCCAAAACUACGCGUGGGGGAAACUGGGCCUGGACAGCGAGGUGGCCCGGCUGGUGGUGGGCAGCGACCCGAUGGCGGUCGUGGAGGAGAACAGACCCUACGCUGAGCUGUGGAUGGGUGCCCAUCCGAAGGGAGAUGCCAUCAUCAAGGACAACCGCAUACCCCAAAAGACCCUGGGCCAGUGGGUAGCCCAUCACCCUGGGUGCCUGGGGUCAAAGGUCAAAGACACCUUUCAAGGGCAGCUCCCUUUCCUGUUCAAGGUCCUGUCCGUGAACACCGCUCUUUCCAUCCAGGCUCAUCCCAACAAGGAACUGGCGGCAAAACUUCACGCCCAGUUCCCCGAGCACUACCCAGAUGACAACCACAAGCCCGAGAUGGCCAUCGCCCUCACGCACUUCGAGGGCCUUUGUGGCUUUCGCCCCGUCGAGGAGAUCGUUGGAUUUCUGAAAUCCGUGCCGGAGUUCCACGCCCUCGUGGGCAACGAGGCGGCCGAGGAGCUUCGGGGCAGCGUGGGCACCAUGGGUCAGGCCCUCCGGAAGUGCUUCACCCGCAUGAUGAACUGCGAGAAGAAGGUGUUUGUGGACCAGCUGAACAUGCUGGUGAAGCGAGUCACAGAAGAAGCGGCUGCAGGUAAGGACACAUCCGGAAGCAACGGGGAGCUGUUGCUACGGCUGCACUCUCAGUUUCCCGGUGACAUCGGCUGCUUCUCCAUCUACUUCCUGAAUCGUGUGACGCUCGAGCCGGGAGAGGCCAUGUUCCUGGGGGCCAACGAGCCGCACGCCUACCUCUUCGGAGACUGCGUCGAGUGCAUGGCCUGCUCCGACAACACCGUGAGGGCUGGACUCACGCCCAAGUUCAUCGACGUCCACACCCUGUGCGAGAUGCUCAACUACAGCCCCGCCCCAGCCAGCUCCAAAAUCUUCCCGUGCAUCCAGGACCCGUCCGACCCCUGCGUCUCCCUGUACGACCCGCCCGUCCCCGACUUCACGGUCAUGAGGAUACAGGUGCCGGGCUCGGUGAAACAGUACCUGGUGGCUCCUCUGGACUGCGCGGGUAUCCUGCUCGUGGUCCACGGAGAGGCCAGCGCCGCCUCGGCCGCCGCCCACUCCGACUUGGCCCUACACCGGGGUUCCGUGCUCUUCAUUUCCGCCAACGAAAGUCUGACGCUGCACAUCUCCUCGCCCUCCGGCAUGACGCUCUUCCGCGCAUGCUGCCUCCUCUAGUCCCUCCCCCUCCUUCCCACAUGUGCUAUGCAGUAUCCUGAGUAAAACCAGUGGCAGCAGCCCAGACGAGGUUCUGCGCAACUGUUAACCACGGUGCUGUUACAGUGCAGUAUUCCUCAUGAUCAUUUGCACAGUACAUUUUUCAAUUUAUUACACAUGGCACAGUUUAUACAGUAAUACUGAACAUUGUCUCACUGUACUCUUUCAAGGAAGUGAGUAAAGUACCAUGCUACUUACCAUAAAGCCCUUCAGCUCGUGGGCGAAUUGUGCCGUUAAGGCGCUGUAUCACGGCGAUUGCACGAUGAGAGCCUGGAUUCUUAGGUGGAGGUGUUUGCGCAUGUCUUCGGAAUGAAACUGCUGCUGUGCCCAUGGAUGAUGCUUGUUGCGUAUGUCAGGGUCUUUUUUUUUUUUUUUUUUAAACUAUAUUUCUGCAUUAAUGCGGCCAGCAGGUGGCCUAGCGGUUAGAGAUUCCUCCUUGUCAUGUCUCCGUUUCCCCUGCCAUCAAGGUGACCUACAGUGAAUUACCCGGCUGUAUAAAUGGGUAAAACACUAUAAGUAGCUUACUGUAGAAGUUAGUAUUCUAGUUAACCGGGGGGACGGCUGGUCGCAUUCUUUCACGUAAACUAUGCGACUUGUCCGCCCGGCUCCUGUUAAACACCGCUGUUGACGCCUGGUUCCCGCGCCACACGGAAAUCUUCGAGGAGGGGGCAGGUCCAAUGCUGAAGGAGAGUUUUUCGAGCUCGUACCUGUGACCGACACCCUGACGCAACCCUAUCCAGGUGAAACCAUCUUAUUUACAUCCUUUAACUCAUGCUGUAAUUCAGACUUGUAGUGACUAUAGGAGGAUUUAAACCUGAGCGCUAACCUCAGGCCCUGCGAUGGAGGGAUUUCCCAGCAUGCCUCUGUUUCUUGUUGCAAUGCGAAUCCUUCAUAAAGUGCAUGCCGGAUAGCAGCGAAACGGUGAACGCGCUGGUGUUCACAGCGCAGCUACAUGAUCUCUGAAGGAGACCAGGUUGCCUGAUUUUAGUUUCUUCCUGUAGCAUCCCCCCCACCCGCCGAAUGCAGUUUGCAGCCAUUACUGAUGACGGAUGAUGUGGCCAGUGUUGUUACCUACAUGCUAUACUGCUCACCUCCCCCACCACCUCUGUUUACUGUAACAGACUUUGCACUAUGAAGAUAAACAGAGCAAUUUAGACCCCCUCCCCCACCCCCUUUAAUUAAAAAUUUUUAGGUUUGAAAAAGUUUUCCAUAAGUUUUGGUCUCAUCUGAUGAAAAAUUAGUUAACCUAGGGGAGAAUGUAUCCUUUUGUGCAAGUUGGAAUGAGUCUGCAGUUCUCUAUAUAGCAUGACUUUUUAAAUGGGAUCGUGAGUAUGUAAAAAUAUGAAUAAACAUUU